AUGAUCUACAGGGAAGCAACAAGCCCUGGCUGCAGUUCCAGAAUAUUGUCGUCUGAUACCGGGAUACUCGACAGAAUUGACACAGUAACUUUUCCCGGUCGCUAUGUUACCAGAGUACUCAGGGUUCGUCCCUUCGAGGUGACAAAACGUUUUGUAAGGCCCCAGCUAACUUGUGAUCAUAACUCAGAGCCCAAUGCAGAUAGUGUUGUGAACAAACUGUUUGGCAUUCAACAGUUACAGAAUUUGUUGCUUGUGAUAACGCCCACUUCAACGACAACGGAGAAGCACAUCGUCCAUGGUUAUGCAAUCGAUGGCGAAAGACAUCUGGGUGUAACCAGCCUGACCACCGACGAAAAGGAUCUAAUUGUGUAUACCCAGAGGACCGACAACUAUUCCAUAAUAUACAGCUCGGACUAUCUUGAGCUGGAGCAUGCAUUUAAAAGAACAGAAGUUAAGAGCCGAAUCUUUGAAGUAUUUCAGCAAAAACCUUCCAGAUCUGUCCGUUUAUCUUAUGCGGGAAACAAUAUAACCCUUAGAUACCGGCACUGUAAGCCCCAAAAAAAAGAAAAGGUCCCUAAGGACAUCAAGAAAAAUACGCGUACCGAUUCGCCGGCAGCGACUGAGGCUUAUCCUAAAAAGCGUCCUACGCCUGUCCGACAUGAUUGCCUCUCACGUCCGCAGCCGAAUAUCGCCCACAAGAACAAUUCGAUGAAGCAGAAGACUCUAGUGGGAACAUCAUUCUCACGUUUGCCAGUCGGAAAUAGCAAUCGCUUAUCGAAAACUUCAAUAAGAGCUCGUCCCCAAUUGCAGGCCACCAAAGAGAAUACAUCAUCCAACCGAAGGAACCCAUUGGAGAAGCGCUUACGUGCUCCCUUUAGCCCCGACAGUAGCAAUGAAAUACCACGAGCUUCAGUGAAUACGCGUAUUCAGCCCCAAGUGGCCGCCAAAGAUCGCAAUCACAGAACUAAAUUCCGGCUGAAAACUCAUGACCAUUCGCAUGAAACCGACAAGAACAGUCCCAGCCCGAAAGCUCGCAGCAAACCGCACGUUUCCAUUGAUCCUAAGCCAAAGAUGAAGAAAAACAGUUCCGAACAUAGGUCGCUGGAAAAAAAUCAUACCCAUCCGACAGAUCGAAGUCGUUCCAAUUCAGCAGUUGCCAACGACAGCACUAGUUCAGUACAAGGAGAGCUAAUUAGGAAUCGCACCCACUCGGUAAUGAGAAGCCGUUCCGAUUCGCCGGUACCAAACGGGAGCACAAGUUUGGUACAAAGAUCACAGAUUAGGAAUCGGUCGCAUUCGGCAAUUUUAAGUCGUUCCGAUUCGCCGGUAGCAAUCGUCUCUAGCAGCGUGGAUGGACGUCUUGCGGCAAAGCAGAAGAGCUCGCGCCGUGGCGACGGUGAUUUCAAGACCCGCUCCAAUCUAGCGGUCACAGCCGAGAGCGGCAAUACAGAGUCACGGUAUCUCAUUAUAAAUCGUCCCAUUUUGGCUUUGAGAAGUCGUACCAAUUCGCCGGUAAGCAAGCCCACGGACGACGUCACGCGGAAAUUUUCGUUGGAAUCGCGUUUCCGUUCGCCGGUUAACGACAGCUGCAGCUCCGAGCACAAGCCUCUACUUAACAAUCGAACCUACUCGGCGCUGGCGAGGAAUCGUUCCAGUUCGCCGGCGUCCAACGAAAGCGGCAAUGUCAAGGAGAGAAAUGCCUUGGGCAAACGUACCAAUUCGUUCCUUUCCAACGAAAGCAGCGAGCUGAAUAUCAGAACUUUAAUGAAGCCUCGCUCCAAUGUGCCACUUACAACCGACAGCAGCAAUUCCAUAUUGAGGUCCCCGUUAAGGAAUCGCAACGACGGCAACGAUGCUGCGAAAAUUCGUUCCAAUUCGCCUAUCACGAAGGAGAGCCAAUGUUCCUUGAAUAGGACUCCAGUGGCAACUCGGAUCAACUCGAAAGCUUCCAUCGUCAGUAGCGAAUUGGAGUAUCAGACUCCGCGGGGCACACGCUCACCAUCGCCGGUCACGAGCAACAGUUUCGUAUCUAUGAUUAGGGCUCCAUUGGCAGCCAGGAAUUCCAUCGCAAAGGGACCAAUGGAACCGCAUGCUGAAUCGCAAGUUUCCAUCGACAGCAACGUUAUUAAACCUAUGUUCCCAAAUGCCUAUACGCAUGCUGGGGACUCGGUUUUCUCAAACUGUGAUCUAAGGGCUGAUGGAAUGGCUCAAGAGCUUUCAGAAAAGGAAAGCUCCGCCUCGGUCGAGACCAGCUACAUUUCAUGUUUUUACUCUAAUCCAUACCCUAAAGCAGGUCUUAAUGCCGUCCUACCGCCGGAACAGGAUGUGUUUAGCAGCGUGCUGUCCAUUAAGGACUGGGACUUGCCACACGGGUUCAAUCUGCAGGAUGACAAGGAAAGGAACACCAAUACGACUGAUCUUGGCUAUGUGCAGCAGCGCUUCAAACAAGGACAAUCAAUUGCCAACGGUAAGGACAUGAAACCUCCGGAGCUGACGUCACAACCGCCACAGCCCAACGACAACAACCGUGAGCCUAAGGCUUCAACCAAACGAAAAAUAUUUAUUCCCCAGCUGGAUAGGGAGAUGCUUUAUCAGCGCGAGCGGCUGUGGAAUUGUUGUGUAGGCCUGAACUCGAAGCGUCGCGUCAAUUUUAAGGUAGAGCCCAGCAAAGACGCUGCCCAGUUGGCGAAGAAAAUGCCACGCGAGGAGCCACCCAAGGUGAAAUCCGAUGGGGUUAAAGUCUUGUGGAAGCCGCACGCGCUGUGCGAGUCCGAGGGUGCCAUCUAUAUCCCAUCCGAGCUGUCAAAGCUGAAAUUUGAUUGCUCGCAAUCGAUCAUAAGAGCUAGAUCAUCAUAUUUUGAACGGCUGAUGGAACCGGUAAAGGUGCCCCCCAAUUUCUCGAAGCGUGCCUACGAUCAGCUGCAGAAAAAGUUAGGCCGCAUGACCGCCAAGCAGGCAUUUGACAAUCUGGCCAGGCUCGUUGAAAAUAUAAACGCGCGGGCCAUACCGCAGAACAGGCAACUGUUGACCUUCUUCAGGAUUGCCGAGCUGCUGGAAAUCAAGAUGUACGUGAGGACCGAGAGCUACUGGGCCGGCAAAUCUCCGACAAUCGAUCCACGCUGUCGAUGCGAAUGCUACAUGUUCGAUGAUCGCAACGAGUUCGUUCUAUCCGUGGGGCUGCUUUCAAAACAGUUGAACAUAUUCGCUGACCUAUUUCCUGGCAUCAAGCCGAACAUACGCUACAUAGACAAUGCCUUUGAGCUGACACAAAUGCCAACCAUGCUCACGAAAUGCAUUCGAUCCGUUAUGGUAACACUGCGUGCACAAACGCUCUUCAAUAUGAUGGCAGAGGUGGCCUACGAAGUCCUCUCUCCGAAGGCAACGCUGCUCGCCCUGUCGCAGGAGAGGCCAAAGAAGCCAAAACCAAUCGCUAAGUCCAAGGAGGAGGAUACUGAGCUGCAACGUAUCCUGGAAAUCGAAGAAGCCAGGCGCCAGCUACACAGACAACAGCAGCAACAGCAACAUCCAGCAAAGGGCGAUUAAAUUUAUAUAAUAUACAACACAUAUAAACUGCAUCAAAUUAUGCAAAAAUAUUUUGGCUAAGAACUUACAAAUUUUAUGUAUAGGUAUUCUUUUAAAAAAUUUUACUCUUCUAGAGGAUGACGAAACCCAGUCUACAUUAAUAUGUUGGCAGCUUUAUAAUAAACCUUUAAUUUCCAUUGGCAUUCAAUUAAAAUUACUCACAUUAAAGAAAGCCGCACCACAUUCCAGUUAUGGUGAACGGAGAAGGGAAAUGCCGAAGCGGUGGAGGUGGAGGUGGAGGCGAUCAGCAUUUUGCAGCAUUUGCAUUUGUCUGUCUAAUGAACGCAAGGUUUGGGCCAAGCUGAAUGCCGUUUAGGCCCAUUUGCUGUUCUCUUGCGCACAUCUGGACGCCGUCUUUUUCAAAUGCGGAGCUGGAGAUAACCAACUAGCCAGCCAAAUCCCUGCCAACAUUCGUGCAACAACAAGG